GGGUUGAACUAUGUAGUGUCACCAGACCUCUUGUCACGGCCCGGCCGCCCCUUGGCCUUUUCGAUCUUUCCAAAAUAUUACCGACCAGAGCUCGAGUGGCUUCUAUCUCUCACUUUGUUUCUGUCAUUUUCCUCCGAGUGGAGUAGCUUAUACGGUAAUUCAUCGAUGCUGAACCCUACGCCAAAAUGGGGUUCUUCCUCAGAUCCAAGAAGGUGAAGAAAGAGGCACCAUCCCCUCGGUCCAAGGGUCAGAGGCCGCCUCCGCAGCUCCAACCGCCGCCACCGUCGCCGCCUACUCAACCCUUCCGGCCAGCCGGUCUUCUCCUUCCACCUCCCGGCUGGAAUGAUGAAGGCCAAUCCCCACCUCCCUAUCAUCAACAUGGCCAGUACCCUCCCAUCAUCGUGAACCAACACCACUACUAUCUCGGUCCCCCGCCGCCCAAGCAGGCCGCGCCGCCCAGACAAGCCCCGCCGCCAUCACAAGCACCCAGCACAUCUUUGAGUAAACUGAAUCUCAGUUCUGCGGUAGACCUGGCCAAGGAGGUAUAUCAGGGCACCGAACAGCUACUGGACGAUGGCCUCUCGGCGUGGCACAACCGCGGGAAUCAGCUGGUCAAUCAAGGCAACGGGGUAGUAGACGAGGUCUCGAAUCGCGUUUGUCAGGGCACCCAGCAGCUUUUGGAUGGAAUGUUGCCGUCGUUGCACAAUUGUGGGGGACAGCUAGUUCACCAGGGCAACGCGGUCGUUGAUGAGAUAUCUCACCGUUUCGACAACGUCUUAACCAAAAUCGAUUGUGGCGGCUACAAUGGGAAAGAGCACGACAUAUUUGCGUGGCAAUCCGCACAAACCCCCGUGCAACCGCCGUCGCCCGAGUUACCAGCCGUCCAGAGAACUCGUUCCAAGUCAAGCUCAAGCAGGAGGAGCCAGGGCAAAGCACACCCAAAGGGUCAGACAACGGCUGCCGCUGCGGUUGUCUCGGGGAGCUUCUUUGCGAAGGUGGAUCACUACUCAAACUCGAGGCUGCCAAUGAACCUACCGCCCCUAAAGCUAUACAUCCCAACCUACCCCCUUCUUUGUCUAGCGGCGCAGUACUCGGAGAGGGUGUAUGAACCGCCAACUGCGCGGGCCGAGCGAGAUGCCCACGUGGACGCCGACUGGCGAACGGGCACCAAGGCCAUGGUGAUUAAAUCGGUACCCAUGGACUCCAUGAACACCAUCGUCUUUGCCAUCCGCGGCACAGCGACGUUUAUGGACUGGGCGGUGAACCUGGAUAUGACGCCAACGUCGCCAGCGGGCUUCUUGGAUGACCCGGGCAACCUUUGUCACUCCGGCUUUCUCUCCGUAGCGCGCAAGAUGGUGGGCCCAGUCGCCCGCCGUCUCCGUCAACUUCUCGAAGAGGACCCAUGGCGCGCGUCUUACUCUCUCCUCAUCACAGGUCACAGCGCCGGCGGUGCAGUUGCCGCGCUCCUCUACAGCCAUAUGCUCGCGACCUCCAAGGAAGCCGAAACGGAACUCAACAUCGUCGCGGGCUGCUUCAAGCGCAUCCACUGUAUCACCUUCGGCACACCGCCCAUCAGCCUGGUCCCCCUGUCAAAACCCAGCGAUUACCUCCGCCGCCCCCAGCUCCGCAAAAGCGUCUUCCUCAGCUUCGUCAACGAAGGCGACCCAGUAACGCGCGCCGACAAGGCCUACGUCAAGAGCCUCCUAGAGCUCUUUGCCGCGCCAGCCCCGAAAACCACCACGGACUCGCGAAAGUCGUCGGAGUCGUCGUUCCGCGACAGCAGAAAGUCCCGACGCGGCGAUAAGUCCUCCAGCAAGUCCCUCUCGACAAUAUCAUCAUCCUUCUCAUCCACAACCUCCUCCCGCUCCUCCAAAUCCACCGGCCCGGCGUGGACCGUCCCGCCCAGCACGCUAAGCUGUGCGGGCCGUGUGGUGGUGCUGCGGUCGGGGGAUCCCAAGGCCCGGCUGAGGAGGGGCAAGACGACUGUUGAGGAGCGCUUGCAUGAGGGGGUUGUUGCCCAGAUUGUUACGGACGAGCAGCUACGGGGGGUGGUGUGGGGGGAUCCGGUGGCGCAUAUGAUGCGGCUGUAUGCGGGGCGGAUUGAGGUGCUUGCUGUGGGGGCGGUUACGGGGAUGGGGUAUUGAGUUUGAGAUCCAUUGUGGUUUAUUUUGUUUGGGAAAGAUACCAUGGCGUUUUGGCGGCUGUUUGUUUCUGUUUUCCUUAAUCUGUAUGAGGGGCGGCGGUGUUCACAGUCUGGGCAUUGGUGUUGAUAACCGCCGCCGUGAUGAGUAACGAGACACGACUUCAAGAUCGAUAUUAUAUAUGGCAAGGCACAUAAUCUACCCUCUAUUUAACCCAG